UUAUUACACUCUAGAAAUUUAAUUUUUAUUCAAAGCUGGUCACGACUGAGGAAAAGAAAGCAUCAAAUACUUCGAGUUUGUUGUAAAUGAAUACGAACAAAUUCUGAAUCGCUCGGAUGAACUUAAACGUGCUAACAUUAAAAAGACUCAGAAAGACUAUCGUUUGUUACGAAAGUAUGGAAUCCUUGAGGUCACAGUUGAAGGUAUCCCCGUUAAGAAAUUGUAGGAAAAGGGAACUCAACUUAGAUUUGUGUGCGCUGAGGAUGUAUUCGAUGUGAUCGAUUGCUAUUCAUCGUGCAAGUUGACAUGGAGGUAGAACUAUUGUCUUUAAGGAAACACAUGAAAAAUAUGCCAAUGUUUUAAGAUCCCAAAUUGAAUUAUAUUUACAGUUAUGUGAGGAGUGUCAUCUGAAAAAAACACUGUACGUAAGUCUGUGACUUUGAAGCCAUUUGUAUCCAACAGCAUGAACUCACGAGGUCAGGUCGAAUUGAUCGAUAUGCAGAGCCAGCUAGAUGGAAACAUCGUUUUAUUCUGAACUAUCAGGAUCACUUGACGAAGAGGGUGUGUAUUCGGGCUCUACAGACGAAAACUGCUGAAGAGGUUGCUUUCCACCUCGUUGAUAUAUCCUGUGACAAAGGUGCCCCCCCCCCUAUCUUGCAGUCUGACAAUGGAAGAGAAUUCUCAAAUAAGCUUGAAGUUCUGAUGAUGUGGCCAGAGUGCCAAACCACGACAUCUCAAUCGCAGGGCUCGGUGGAACAUGCCAACAGGGAUAUUGAAGCAAUUCUCGCAUGUUGGAUGAAGGACAACAACUCUACACAAUGGUCAAAGGAACUGCUCUUUGUCCAGUGGAAGAAAAAUACCCGUUUUCACUCCAGCAUUGGAAGUACACCAUAUGAGGCCAUGAGUGGACAGAAGGCUCGUCUUGGUGUUGACGUAACUUCUGUACCAGAGGAAGUCCUGGACGGUAUGCAGACGGAGGAGCAGCUUGCAGAGGCACUAGGUAUUGUCAAUGAGGUCACAGACACAGAGGAGGAAGAGACAGGUGUUGAAGAGCAAGAAGAACCAUCCGCUGUCAUUAACUGCAUCUCCCGUGGUAAAAGAUAUUUUGGUUCAAAUCUGUGCAGGGUGUGUGAGAACCCAUGUCACUUAAACUCCGUGUUCUAUGAUGAAUAACGAUGCUGAUGAGCCUGUGCUUUGUUCCAUCUGCAGUCGGAGACAGAGUAAGUCCAGCAUAGAACAACAGAAACAACCAAAAAAAAAUAAUCGAUAAUUCUGUGAGGAGAUUUUAACCAGCCAAAGUAGGGGACACUUUGAUGGUUCUUGUUCCAUUAGUUGACAGCGGGCGUGCAGAGUUUCCUACUGUGAAGGCAGUUGUUUUUCAGGCAUUGGACAGUGGCACAUAUAAGCUUGGUACAAAACACGGCAUGCUUAAACAGGUGUACACUCGCAACCAAUUUACUCCAUAUCUAGAAAAAUUCCUUUCGCUAGAUGAUGUUGUACAGGAGCGGGAAGUAGCCAUUACAGAACACAUGGGAUAAGGUCAGGGAAUCGCUAAAUGCUCUUGCACUAAGUCAUGUAUGGCCAGACGCUGCAAGUGUUUAAAAAACAGCAGAUACAAAUGCAGUGCCUCUUGCUCUAACAAGGUCGACACACAGAUACAUUAAACUUUGAUGUAUUUUGUAAUCUAUU